UGCAACCUGUCGUCGGCCGCGCCGCUCCCCGACGGCGCGGCCACGGCGGCGCGGCUGCUGGUGCCCGCGUCGCCGUCCGCCUCGCCGCUGACCCCGACCAGCGAGGGCCCCGCGCCGCUGUCGCAGCAGUGGACGGCAGGCAUAGGCCUGCUGAUGGCGCUCAUCGUGCUGCUCAUCGUGGUGGGCAACGUGCUGGUGAUCGUGGCCAUCGCCAAGACGCCGCGGCUGCAGACGCUCACCAACCUCUUCAUCAUGUCCCUGGCCAGCGCCGACCUCGUCAUGGGGCUGCUGGUGGUGCCGUUCGGGGCCACCAUCGUCAUGAGGGGCCGCUGGGAGUACGGCUCCUUCUUCUGCGAGCUCUGGACCUCGGUGGACGUGCUGUGCGUGACGGCCAGCAUCGAGACCCUGUGUGUCAUCGCCCUGGACCGCUACCUCGCCAUCACGUCGCCCUUCCGCUACCAGAGCCUGCUGACCCGCGCGCGGGCGCGGGCCCUCGUGUGCACCGUGUGGGCCAUCUCGGCCCUGGUGUCCUUCCUGCCCAUUCUCAUGCACUGGUGGCGGGCCGAGGGCGACGAGGCGCGCCGCUGCUACAACGACCCCAAGUGCUGCGAUUUCGUCACCAACCGGGCCUACGCCAUCGCCUCGUCCGUCGUCUCCUUCUACGUGCCCCUGUGCAUCAUGGCCUUCGUGUACCUGCGGGUGUUCCGCGAGGCCCAGAAGCAGGUGAAGAAGAUCGACAGCUGCGAGCGCCGCUUCCUCAGCGGCCCGGCGCGGCCCCCCUCCCCGCCUGGGGCCCUGCGCGAGCAGAAGGCGCUCAAGACGCUGGGUAUCAUCAUGGGCGUGUUCACGCUCUGCUGGCUGCCCUUCUUCCUGGCCAACGUGGUCAAGGCCACCCCCCCCGCCCCCCCCCGCCGCCGCCCCCCCCGCCUCUUCGUCUUCUUCAACUGGCUGGGCUACGCCAACUCGGCCUUCAACCCCAUCAUCUACUGGGCGGACAGCGACUCGAGCCUGGACGAGCCGGGCCGCGCCGCGGGCGCCUCGGAAUCCAAGGUGUAGGGCCAGGCGCGCGCUGCCGGCUCCCCGCGCCCCGGGAGCAAGAACGCCCAGGCGCCCCUGAUGGCUUCCCGGGGGAAAGAGAUCUGUGUUUACGCAAGACCCAGAGCAGGUGAACUCGAAGCCCGCAAACCUCGUCUGAUUCAUCCAAGACAAACACAAAAGCCACGGACCGUUGCACAGAAAGGAAAGUUUGGGGAAGGGUGGGAGAGUGGCUUGCAGAUUUGUCUUGAGUUCCUUUUUUCUGUGUGUGCUUCGGCCUUCUUUGGUGUGUGCGUGUAAUGCAUCUUCAUUUUGGGUUGUCUUUUUUUUUUUCCCCCCUCCAGGUGGUUUUUGACACUUGCUUCGAGGACCGGGGUAGUGGAAGGGAAAAGCGUAAAAGUCUAUCAACUUGGCUUCCAUCCCAUUCCAGGGAACGGGAGCAGUCAACUGGACAGAGAGAAGGGGGAAUGACAGUUGUCAGGACAUGUUUCCUUUGCUUUCCAGAGAAAUUUCAUUUUAAUUCCUGAGUAAUGAUUUUUCCUGUUCUUGAAGCAAAGGAAAGGAUGGAUGCAAAAAUCACGUUUCAAGAAAUUUUAAGCUAUUCUUGGAACAAGCCUCACCUUGCUUUCUUUUCGUAGGGCAAACCUGCUGUCCCCGCGCGCCUCGGUGGUCAGGCUGAGGGGUUUCUACCUCACACUGUGCACAUUGCACAGCAAGAUAGAAAGACUUGUUUAUAUUAAACAGCUUAUUUAUGUAUCAAUAUUAGUUGGGAGGACCAGGCGCUGAGCCUCUGUGACAUGUGACUCUGUCCAUUGAAGACAGGACAGAAAAGAAAAAAAAAAAAAACCCAGGAGGAAACAGUUCAGAUUACUGCACACAUGGGUAAAAAAACAAAACACAAAACAAGGAGUGGUUCCAAAUACCAUUUUUGCACAGUGUUAGGAAUUGUAAAGUCCACACAAGAUAUUACUUGCACAAAAAGAAAUUAAAUAUUUUUUAACUGGGGCAGGGGGCAGAUCUUACAAAACUAAAAUAAAAUUCAAACUCUACUUCUGUUGUCUGUUAUUGAGCUAAUGAUUUAUUGGAAAAAUACAUUUUUAUACUCUUUUAUCAUGGUACUGUAACUGUAUCCAUAUUACAAAUAUGAUUAUCUUAAGGAUUUUUAUUAUUUUUUUAUGUCCAAGUGCCCACGUGAAUCUGCUGGUAAAAUUUAGCUCUCGUGUGUAAAUGGUAUUUCCUUUGUGUGUUUUACCAAGUAUUUAUACCCUGGUGCAACUAACUACUGUGUGAGGGAUUGGUCCAUGUGCAAUAAAUACCAAUGAAGCACAAUCAAGAUUAUGUACCGUGUGUCUGUAAGGAAGGGGUCAGUGAUAAUGGAAAAGACAGUUUGUUUUGUUCAAAAUAUAGGCUGGGUUUCCCAUAGAGCUCUUUUAAUAGCUUUUCAUGACUCAGUAACAUAGCAAAAUGCCUCUAGACCAAAUAAGGCGUGCACCUACUGAGAGCUGCAGACUUGCCCUAAAUUUUCACAGCCAGAUUCAAGGUAUUCUAGACUACUUAAAGGUGUUUUCAAGAUCCCAUCUGCUGCACUUGACUUAAGAAGUAACAUGUGGGAUUGUGUAUCUUUAAAAAAAAAAAAAAAGUGAUAGAGCCAGGUAAAUCAACUGCAACUUCGCACAGAAACGCACAGGGAAAAAACUUAACUCCUUGAAUAAUGAGUUGCCUGCCUGGAAGGAGGUAAGUGGCUUCCACACAUCUUGUUUUUGUUUUCCAGGAGAAAAUCACAGCCUACGGAUGACCAGUGUGUGCAGAUUUCUCCAGUGGCCGUUUAGAAUGAAAAGUGCUUUUAUGCUUAAGCAAAAAUGUAUAAAAACAGCUUUUUAAGUCAACAUUUUUUUUCUCUUAUAUAAUUAAAUAGACCAUUUUUCCAGAAUCUGGGGGGUAAGCAGGUCACAGGUAAGAGCAAAUGUGAAAAUCUUUAACUCCCCAGCAAAACUGUGACAUCCAGAUGGAUAGGAUAUUUUUCAUAAAAUCGGUCCCUAAAGAAAGGAUAGUGAAAUUCCAUCCUGGGAUUACUUCUGCAUUCUCCAGAAUAAGUUGAAGUCUUUAUCUUCUUAUUUUUAAACAAGCUUUAUGUUUCAUGAUCGUAAAGAAACCAAAGUGAGGAUUAUAAAGUUUUGACUCCUCCUGAAGAAACUAUUCUCAGCUAAGGGAAGCCACAUUUGCAAUGGAAUAUUCUAAAGACCAGGAGACAGUCUUCUGAGAAAGGUUAAUACUGUAGAUGUUUUUAGAGACCAACAGAAGAUUGUAUGAACAAAAGCUGCUGUGAGGUUUAACCCCUUUCUGCAGGAAAAAGAAAGGGGGGGAGGGGGAAAGUGGCAAAACUUACUUAAAAAUACAAAGAAAAAUACUGAAAGAAACAAUUUGGAGAUAUAAAAUCAAUCUCAGGAUGAAAUCUCACUCUUUCCCCAGGAAAUCAACAGAGCCCACUUCUACCCUCCCUUACCCCACGAGGGUGUAAGAUGCAUUGUCUUAGGACUUUUGUUCUUUAGUUUCGUUUAUACUAGAAAAUUAAUAGACAACACCUACAGUUUCAUCUGACGAACACUCAAGUGCCAGGGUAAUGCUUCCCCCUCCUGACUUCUUGUUGUUAUUUUGUUUAGAUAAGUCCUUGUGUCUAAAUAAAAAGACAUUUUCCCAGCCCCAUAUUCCAGGCCCAUCAAACCUCAGGUCUUAAAAUCAUGACACUCCUUUGAACUUUAAUAAACAAAUAUAUAUAAUUUAA